UGAAAACUGUUUCGACAAACUCUGAAAAUAUUAUUUAAUAGAGGAAGAAAACUCAUAAGAUACAUUGCAAUUGUUAAAAACAAAGGCUUGAAAUAUUGAAAUCAGACCACAGACAAGUUCAAAUUUAUACCAUAGCCGACAAAAAAUGGCAGAAACAAAUAUAAAUUCUGAUAAUGACGAUAAAGCUGGUUUGACAGUUAUCUCCCUUGAUCAAACUCAGACUACAGGUACACAUAUUGGCGAUAAAGUUAGUUUGACAAUUAUAUCCCUUGAUCAAACUCAGACUACAGAGAAAAUUGAUAUUUGUAAUGUGUGCGGUAAAGAGUAUCAUACUGCUUUUAAUCUAGAUUCACAUAUCAGAACCUAUAGUGGCUUUGAAACUUAUAAAUGUGUAGAGUGUUGUAAAAUAUUGAGCACUGAAGAGACCUUGCAGACAAAUGGAACAAAUACAUGUGAUCAACCUGAUAAAUUGCACACUGGUGAUAAACCUUUUGAAUUGAAUAGUUUUGGUAAAGAUUUUAGUGAUAGUGCUCGUGUGUGCAGACACGUGAAAACACAUACUUGUGAUCAAUAUUAUAAUUGUGAUGUAUGUGGUACAGGUUUUAAUCAGAGCAAGGACUUACAGAAACACAUGAGAAUACAUACUGGUGAUAAACCAUAUACAUGUGGUGUUUGUGGUAAAGUGUUUAAUCGGUUUUAUGAUCUACAGGUACACAUGAGAACACAUACUGGAGAUAAACCUUAUAAAUGUGAUGUAUGUGGUAAAAGGUUUAGUCAGAUUUCCCACUUACAGGCUCACAUGAGAACUCAUACUGGAUAUAAACCUUAUAAAUGUGUUCCUUGUGGUAAAUGGUUUCAUCAGCUUGGUACAUUACAGAGCCACACGAGAGCAUGCACUGGAGAAAGGCCAUAUGAAUGUGAUGUAUGUGGUAAAACUUUUAGUGACAAAAGUAAUAUGCAUAAACACAUGAAAAUACACACUGGAGACAAACCACAUAAAUGUCAUGUAUGUAGUAAAGGGUUUAGUCGGGCUGAUAGCCUUAAGAAACACAUCAGAACACACUCUGGUGAGAAACCUUUUACAUGUGAUGCAUGUGGUAAGGGGUUUAGUCAGGGUACGCAUCUGACGAGACACACGAGAACACACACAGAACAUAAACCUUCUAAAUGUAAUGCAUGUGGUAAAGUGUUUAGUCAGCUUGGAACCUUACGGAACCACAUGAGAGAAUGCAUUGGAGAUGGAUGUCAUAAAUGUGAUGUAUGUUGUAAAGGAUUCAAUCGGGUGGAUAGCCUCCGAACACACAUAAGAACACAUACUGGAGAUAAUCCUUUUGUAUGUGAUGUUUGUUGUAAAGAUUUCACUAGAAGGAAUGACCUUUUGAGACAUAUGAGAACACAUACUGGUGAAAGACCUUAUAAAUGUGAUGUAUGUGAUAAAAGAUUUAGUCUGGAACAUAACCGAGAGAGACACAUAAGAACACAUACAGUAGAUAAACCUGCAUAAAUGUGAUAUAUGUGGUAA